UUUUCUUGUUCCGCCGUCAGAGGAUCAGCCAUCACGUAUUCGCCACUACACUCCUUGAAAACACCCACAAAAAUUUUUGUAAAAAAAAAUACUUAAAGCUAAAAGUAAAACGAAAUUAAACAAAGCAUUACAUUGGAUUUCUAAACCCUGUACGACCUCUGCGAGUUUGAAUUUAUUGUAAUUUUGAGAGAGUACAAAAAUAAAUUAAACUAAUUGAAAUCUUAUUUUAUUUACAAAUUGUAAACAAGUAGAUUUUUGACAUCCAUCGACAGCCAGCAUGACAACAACUGUCAUUACUGUCAACCGGUGGCGCUUUCUUUUUCCUUUCCGUUGAAUCAACAAAGAGUUGGAGCAGUUUUGUUCGAACGAACAGAACGUGGACGUAGUUACUCUAUUCACUCUGAAAAGCCGAGAGGCCAAAGAAAUAAGAAUUUACGGAGUAAGCAAGCCGAACCAAGUUAAGUGUUUUCUUUCACUCUUCAAUCCAAUUUAUGACCGAACACGAUGAAUGUGUCGAUAGUGUAAGCAGUUUCAGGAGUCGAGAAUUGCAUAGAGCAGGUGGAGCAGAUGCGAAUGAAAACUUGCUUGCGUGGGUGGUUUCGUUUGAACUGUCGUGUCAAUGCCAUGAAGCAAUCAAUAAGCAUGUUUUUGUGUUUUUCUGACUAAUUACACAUAAUUAAAAGAAACCGGAUAAUGAAUUUCCAGCAUAAAAAAAUACAAUUGUUCUAGUGUUGUUUGAUAACGUGAGUCCAAUAAUUGCUCAUGAUGUGGUACGAAAACGUGAAUGUACUUCCAGAUAAUUUUACUCAAGAUUACUUAUUUAAAAGUUCUCCGGAGUCAUGUAGUACUGACAAUUCAUUCGUUCCAGACAAUUUUGAAGGUUCAAGCGAAAGCAUAUCGGAUGAAGAUUUCAUGACCCAACUGUCCUCAGAUUUGGAUAUUCCGCUCCUCUUAAACCCCGGUGACGAUGAAAUGGGCAUCCUAAGUUCAUUUCUGGAUAAAAGUCCAGAUGAGAUUCUCUCAGAAGUCACUCCUAUUUCUCCCUACUUAGAGGAUUGUGAUAUGAAAGACGACAUAGACAUUAAAGAACUCGAUUUAUUCCUUCAAGACAGCAUCGAUAAUGUACAAUUGACUGAAUUAAAUGACAAUAACAUCAAAACAGAAGUACAUUCUGAUGAAUCUUGCUCCUCGAGAAAUUCUGUAGAAUCAUCUACACCUCCUCCAUACAUUCAAAUAAAAAAAUCAAAUUCGCCACCUUUGACUCAAGUACCCAAUAUCUUGCCAAAACAGGAAUUUGUAAAAACCAACCCUCAAAGUAAAGUUGCAAUCAAAAGAAUACCAAUUAAACCUAGAGUACCACCAGCAAAUUCAAACAUUGUACUUAUCAAAGACCUUAAAACCAAAUUUACACCCAACAAUUGCAAUAAAAUUGUGGUAUUAGAUAACAUUUCUGUUAAUAAUAUAAAUGGAUUGAGUUACGUAAAUAAGUCUAUAGUCAAUAUACCCCAAGUCACAGUUAAUAAUAAUAAUAGAAAUAUUGAUCCAAAAAUGCUAAAAAGACAAGAAAGAAGGAUUAAAAACCGAGAAUCAGCCAGCAUAUCAAGGAAAAAAAAGAAAGAGUACUUGACCAUGUUGGAAGAUCAAGUUCAGGCUUUGAAAAAUGAAAACCAACGUCUAACAGUAGAGAAUAAAUGUUUAAGAGAAAGACUGUCAAUGUAUGAAACUACCAAAAAAUUACAAUUUGAUAAUAUUGCAGCUAAAAUUUCAAAACCAGCCAUUGUUUUGUGUGCAUUUUUAUUAGUUGUUGGAAUAAAUUUGAAUUUGGGAAAUUUCACACCUGGCUUCAAGCCAGAUUUAUACAAAACACAAAGCAAUUCGCUUAAAGUAAGCAACCACUAUGGCCGAAAUUUAUUGUGGGCUCCUGAAAACAAUAAUUCAAAUGAAUUUGAGAAUAAAACCUAUUUUUCCCCUUUACCAAUGUGUCCUGCUUCAAUAAAUCAAACCGAAAGUGCUAGAUUGUUGUUGGAAUUAGAAAAGUGGAUUGGUAAACCAGAUGACAUUCCUGCUCCUCCUCCAACAAAACCAAAACCUAAUAUAAAUAAGAUGAAAAGAAAGAAAUUGAGACUUGACAUGUCCUUGGCUCAAAUAAAAAAGCAGGAAAGAUUUGGGCCAGAUAAUGAAGCCAGAAAUGAGAUUCAAGUUUUUAGCCCAAAAGAAGAUGUUCUUUAUUCUGACUUUUUUGAUGCAAUCAAUAGACAAGGUGAUACUUUUUAUGUUGUAUCUUUCAGCGAUCAGCAUAUGCUUCUACCAGCUUUGCAUCACAAUAAGACUAGACGCCCCAAGAUGUCACUACUUAUGCCUUUUGUGUUUCCUAAUGACACAUCAACCCAAACGUAUUUCCCAUUGAUGCAAAUCGAUUGCGAAGUUUUGGAUACAAAACUGGUGCAUAUAAACUAUGCAACAAUUCCAAGUCCCUAUAGGCAAUAUGGGAAUUUUACUAAACAGACUGACAAGGAUGAGGCUGAUGUCAAGUCUAAGGAAAAGUACAGGCCAUAUUUUUUGGAUAAAAGUAAUAAUUAAUUUUUGUUUUUUUGUCUUUUGGAUAUAAUUUAAUUCAACUUUUGUCUAAGGAGCAGCUUACAUUAAUAUCCCAUUCCUAAUCUGAAAUUUGAUUAAUUUUUGUUUGGUUUUGCAAUUGAUUUUUCUCCCAAAUAAAUCUAGUAUCAUUUCAAUAUAUUUUAUUUUUAACUAUAUAUGAAAUGUUGUCAUUACUGACUUUUCAAAAAUUUGAAAAUGUCACAUUUCUGUCUUUCCACUUUCCUAAUCCAUUACCUAUCCCAGGACGGGAAAUUUUUUCCGUCCUCAUUUCCCGUCCACGGACGGAAAAUGGAGCAGGGAAAUAUUUCCCGUCCUCAUUUAUUUGAGAAAGAAAUUAUGGUUAAAAAUAAAAUAGUAUACAAACCUCGACGGCAAACUUCAUUGCUGUCUCGAGGUUCAUUUUAUCUCGACGCUACGCGUCUCGAUAAACUAUAUAACCUCUCGAUCAGCAAUGAAGCAUUUCUCGUCUCGGAUUGUAAUAUACUAUUAUCGAGUAUUUUAUAUCAAUUUUAAACUGCUCCCUAGACAAAAGUUAUAAAUGAAACCGGUGCAGGUGUGUAGUGUUAUUUAAAUAUUAAUAUAUUUAGUUGAAAUUUCAUAUUUUAUUUGAAUGGCAAAUUUAAAAUUUUGCCAAAAAUAUGCACAGUUACUAAUUAAUUAUUUUUUAGUUUUUACACUGUAAAUAAUUUAUUACACUUUAUAAUGUAAGGGACUUGUUAAAUUAGUAUUAUUUUGUAAAUUGUGAUCUCUUUAAUAAAACUUUACCAAUAAAUGUGUGUUUUAUUUUCUUUAUUCACCUAAAGUACAAUUAUGCCUUCUUAAACCUCGUUUUGUUUUAAAUUCUUUUGCACAUGGUUCACAUUUAAAAGUCUCCCUUCUUCCAUGGAUUUGCUGAUGUUCUUUUAGCCCAUCAGAUCUAGCAAAAGACUUGUCGCAUUUUCCACAACUAUAAGGCUGAAUUCCUGUGUGUGUU